AUGGGUGCUCACGUGUACGAUGCGGCGAGAUCACACUAUGACUUACAGCAUGGUGAGAUACAGCGGUUAUUGGGCCUAAUACAAAGAAAGGUAAGUAUCUCAACUGAUAUCGAUAAAAAAAUACGAUGGAACACCGUUAAUACUGACACCAAGGGGACAUACCGAAGUGUCCGUAAUAUCAGGGUGGCCAGAAGGCUCUCAAAUGAAAAAGGGGUAGAGCAGACAUUUUAACGGCAACAAGACGUUUAAAAAUUGUACUUUGACUGUGACAUUAUUUUAGGCUAUGGAAACCUGACGGCUAUUUAUCAUACUCUAGGAUAACUUUAUACCUAAUUGUAACUGCAACUGACGAGUUGAAUCUAUGGAAACCGUACGUUCAUCUAAUAACUCUAUGUUCACGGACUAAAAUUACAGUAACUUAUAAGAGGGUUAAUUUUAUGGCGACAAUAUGAACUUUUCGACGGGACAAACGAAAUGGUCUCUAAUAUCGGGGUGUCCGUGUUAAGCGGGCGCCCGUAGAGCGGGAUUCCACUGUAAUGUUUAAAGCAAUGACAACAACCAAAAAAUAAAAAGAGGAGAAAAGACACUGAGUUGUACUGUAAAUUCUCCUACAGGAAACUGUGAUGGAACAAGUGGAAGAAAAGGAAGAUAUGGUUGUGUCAUUCUCCUGGAGAAUUUACGACCUUCCUGCCUCUCUCGCCACCGUGACAGAAGAACGACCUCUCACGAGUGGCGAGAUUAAAUCCCACGGAUACACUUGGAGGGCAGUAUUCACAAAAAACUUGGAUUUGUUUUUACAGCUGGUUUCUGCCGCAUCUCCCGUUUCAGUAGAGAUAAGGUGAGAGGAGCUGGUGUGAAAUAUUGGCGUGUAAAUUUUUUUCAUGCGAAUGGACAGCACCUGACAGACCUCUUAGGCCCCCCAAAAAGUCAGAAAGUAGAUUGGAGUCAGGUAAUGAAAAUUGUCGAGGAAGGGUUUUGUUCUUAUGAUGAGCUUAUACCAAUAAUGAUCAGUUAAAAUCCAUUUAAAAUGACGCGAGGGCAAUAGCUCGUUUGACACGACUUGUCAAGAACGGAUAUUACUGAUACGAAGUAAACAGGUAUACAUGCGAUAUAACACAUAGAAGAUUAAUGGCAAUUCAUAACCUUUUGGUUUUUAUCUUCAUAGGAUGGUGAUUUCUCCAGGAAAGGAAAACGAAACCAUCAAAAAGCUACCACCCACAAGAAUGAGAGAGGGAUCGAUGUGGGGGUGUAACCUUUCACAAGUAAACCGUUGGGUCGAUGUGGAGGGGGAGAUUGAAAUAAAGUUUUUAAUCAUUUAUAAUAUAUGUUUUAAAAUAGAAUAA